UGGUCUGCUAUUCGGGAUCGAGCGCUCCUCCUACCGGUUCGCCGACGCUCCAGGGGAAAGGCGAACUUUAGCCGGAGUAGCGCAGUGCUUCCGGCGGCGCAGGUCACUGGAUUUGGGCAUGAAUCCCCAGCAGGAAGAUCCAAGAGAGAAUCCAGAGAAGCUAAAGUUGACCAAAGUGUUGACUGAGGCAGUGAAGUGUGCACAAGCUCUCAAGACUGAUGAAUUGAUUGCUGACACCAGAGUUAAGGAAGCUUUUGCAGAGCUGGUGAAUGAAGUGUACCCGCGUCUACCUGAGAGCCUACAGGAUCAACUGCUUGUUGACUUCAAACUCAACAUCCUCCGUCGAGCGCAAGAGAAAAAUACUCCUCCGGCUGAGUUGAUGGAUGGUGAACAGAAGAAGAACUUCCUCAGGAAAAAAGGAGCUCGUACCAAUACCUUGUGGAUUAUAGAAAAGCUAGUCCUGUUAGUCGGCGUAUGCUGCUUCAUGUACCUCAUGAGCUUCUAUGUCACUGGGUACUGAACACACAAAGGGGGAAAUGAAUAUUUGCACAUGGGGAUUCAGUUGCUUUGGACAAGGACAACAAUAAUCUUUCAGCGCAGCACAAGGAUGGGCUCUGCUCUGGUCGCAUGUAGAAUUCGCAUGGCUGGAGAGGUAGUGAUGUAGAUGUGUCUGUCUCGUGCGUCAACUUUGAAGUGAACCUCUAGAAAUAUAUGGCAGUGUGGCGUCGUCUUGUUAUUUUUUUCAUGUUGCAAGAUCAAGUCUUGAACUAAUGGUUCUGUUGCUGAAUCUUUCAGCUGAUUAGUCCUCUUAAUCAGUCAAGCUCCAAGGUGGUUUGAGAUAUUUCGACAUAUGCUGGCACAUCGGGCAUUGAUAGCAUGUGACA